AUGCGGACCCCCAAUCUCCGCCAGCUCGACAUUCAACCCACCCCUCCUGCCCUCAAGCCAAACCUGAACCUCGCCGUCAUGCUGACUGUCGUCGCCCUCGCUCUUCUCCCAGCUGUACUCAGCAAGCCGUUGCCCCGCCAAACGACUACAUCGACAAGUACUGUUUACAUCCAUCCCAAUGGCAACACCGAUUUCUGUCUUGGCGCUGCUGGAUCAAGAAACGGCGCCCUUGUCGACAUCUUCGAUUGCGCCAUGAAGUCAGAAAGCACCCCUACAUGGACUCUCGACACUGACAAGAAACGCUUCCAACUCAACGGCACGCAAAUGUGUCUCGACGCUGGCGCAGACAUCACCGACGGCGUGUCUAUGAAAAUCUGGCAAUGCUACGACAACCUCCCCCAGCAGCAAUGGUCCUACAACACCGACGACCAGCAUUUCGCCGUGGCUAGCGGCUCCGAAUGCCUCGACCUCCACGACGGACACGUCGUCGACGGCGCAUACACGCAGACUUGGCAAUGCAGCAACGAUAACACGAAUCAGAAGUGGACUACCAGCGAAAGCAACGUCUCUACCACGCCUCCAACAAGUCAGGCGCAGGUAUUUCAUCCCAAAGGCAAUACCAAGAAGUGCCUCGAGGUGUACGGAAACAUUGCGAACGGGUCACCAAUCGAGAUAGCCGACUGUGACGGCACCAACCACCAGAACUGGGUCCUCUCCCGUGGAAGCACUGUCGUCAAGCUCGCCGGCACGAACUUUUGCCUCGACGCCGGCGAAGACAUCCGCAACGGCGCCACCAUGAAGCUCUGGCAAUGCUACGAGGGCCUCGCGCAGCAGACCUUCUACUACACCGACGACAACCGCAUCGCCGUUGAGGGCCGCGGGCAAUGCCUCGACCUUACGGGUGGAAUUCUCGAGGACGGCAAUGUCAUGCAGACCUGGGCGUGCACGGCCGGCAACAGGAACCAGAUCUGGGAUUAG